AGGAGGAGUGUCCAGGCAAAGGGAAGAGCAUUUACAGAGGCCCUGGGGUGAGAAGAGCUUGCAUCAUUUAAGCAUCUAAACGAAGCCAAGCAGGCAGGGGCCAGAUCACCCAUGGGGCUUCAUGCCCAUCUUAAGCGUUUUGGUCUUUAAACUAAAGAACUACGGAGACUCUAUACAGAGAUUUUAGGAAGCGAAUGCCCUGUUCAGAUCUACCCUCCCCAUGCUUCAGAGCAGGUCCGGGUCAGUUUUUGCCCAGCAGGUUAUCCCCAGUGUCCAGCCCGGCACCAACCAUAGGGGCCGGACCUUCGUUGGCUGGGUGGCCGUGUGCAGUACGGGACUUGGGACCUGGUGAUGUUUUUGGUGCGGGCUGAGGAGGCGUGAACGGAGAGGGCGAAGCGGUCGGCGGCAGCAGCGGGCGAGGGCCGCGGGGGUCGGUCUGUGGAGCAGAGAGGCAGGUGGCGGGCUGCGCCGGGCGCCCCGGGGGACCUGCAGCGCGACCAGCAGUGGGCGCGUCUGGCACUCAGGCCUGCAGAGCUCCCAGCUUGCACACCGGCUGCGCGGCUUCCCGGCGAAGGGAGCCAGGCCAGGCGGCCUACGUGGCUGAGUUCAGACACCCCGGUUCUCGGCGCGGCCGUCCCGGAGCCUGCCGCAGCCCACAGCGCAGAGACUGUUUUGCCAACAUGGCAUCUGGAGAUGACAGUCCUAUCUUUGAAGAUGAUGAAAGCCCUCCAUACAGUCUGGAAAAAAUGACAGAUCUCGUAGCUGUUUGGGAUGUUGCUUUAAGUGACGGAGUCCACAAGAUUGAAUUUGAACAUGGGACGACAACAGGCAAACGAGUAGUAUAUGUAGAUGGGAAGGAAGAGAUAAGAAAAGAAUGGAUGUUCAAAUUAGUGGGCAAAGAAACCUUUUGUGUUGGAGCUGCAAAGACAAAAGCAACCAUAAAUAUAGAUGCUGUCACUGGUUUUGCUUAUGAAUAUACUCUGGAAAUUAAUGGGAAAAGUCUCAAGAAGUAUAUGGAGAACAGAUCAAAAACCACCAAUACUUGGGUAUUACACUUGGAUGGUGAGGACUAUAGAGUUGUUUUGGAAAAAGACACUAUGGAUGUAUGGUGCAAUGGUAAAAAAAUGGAGACAGCAGGUGAGUUUGUAGAUGACGGGACUGAAACUCACUUCAGUAUCGGGAACCAUGACUGUUACAUAAAGGCUGUCAGUAGUGGGAAGAGGAAAGAAGGGAUUAUUCAUACACUCAUUGUGGAUAACAGAGAAAUCCAGGAGAUUUCUGAGUGACUUCAUGAGUAAAAUUCAAUUCAUUCGAGUAAAAUCAUGUUAAUGAAUUUUAAUCUUAAGAAAUAAAGAUCAGGACUUUUUAAUUACAGUGGUAAUUAAAUGUGUUCAGUAUGUACUUAUCAGUACAUUUAGUCUUCAAUGUUUUUAUUUUUUAGUUACUUGGAACUGUUAUGUUACAAGGGUCAGGAAAAACACUAAUUAUGGCAAUCAUGAAAAUUACAAUUUAUUUUGUAAAUAAUUUAAAAUAUUUUAAACUCAAAUGGAAGAUAUGGACCCAAAUCACUAAUGUUUGUUUUACAACAAUAACCUUUCCUAUAAUAAACACUGUAAAAUAAAA